CUGCGUCAGUACUUCCUCGUUUGUUUUCCGAGCUGCUCAAACGAAAGGCGACUAUAAUCCAGAAUGCAUUUAUCAAGGGUUGGAAUUUACAUGAAGAGGAGAAAGCGGGGCUGCUCUCAAGCUUGAGCAUCAGUGUCUUCCUCCAUCUGGCCACUGCUCGUUCAGCCUCUUCAGAUUGGCGAUCAUUUCCUCUCCUCUCACCAACAUGCAAUGCUGGGGGAAUGCCAGGGAUGGGCAGUUGGGUAUUGGUGUGGAGAGGAACCCUGUGUUUGAGCCAAGGAAUUGCCAUGCGUUCAGCGGGCGGGGACUGAAAGACAUCGCCUGUGGAGGGCAACACUCGCUGUUCCUACUGCAUGAUGGUAGUGUGUACACAUGUGGCUCUAACAGCUGUGGACAGCUGGGCCACGACAAAGCAGGAUCAUCACCGGAGCUGGUCGGGGCUCUGGACACGCAGAAGAUAACAAUGAUAUCAUGCGGUCGGGCCCAUUCGAUGGCUGUGAGUGAGCAGGGCCAGGUAUUCGCCUGGGGGGCCGGGGAAGAAGGACAGCUCGGCCUGGGGUCCACAGAGAUGGCUGUUCGAAUCCCAAGGUUGGUGAAGCGACUGUGUGACUAUCGCAUCUCCCAAGUAAUGUGUGGGAACCAGCACUGCAUCGCACUUUCUAGAGAUGGCCAGCUGUUCACAUGGGGCCAGAACACGAGCGGCCAGCUCGGUCUGGGGAAAGGAGAGCCCAGCAAGCUGUCGCCCGCCCCCCUCAAGUCCCUGGCAGGGAUUCCUCUGGCGCAGAUCACUGCCGGAGGCGACCACAGUUUCGCCCUGUCCUUGUCCGGAGCGGUUUUCGGAUGGGGCAAAAACAGAGCCGGGCAGCUGGGGCUCAAUGAUAAACAAGAUCGCGCCGUCCCGUGCCACAUCAAAUUUUUGAGAUCUCAAAAAGUCGUUUACAUCAGCUGUGGAGAUGAGCACACUGCAGCCCUCACAAAGGAUGGUGGUUUGUUUACAUUUGGCGACGGCUCCUGGGGUCAGCUGGGCCACGGCUCCACCAACAAUGAACCUUUACCCAGACGAGUGCUGGAGCUCAUGGGUACCGAGGUGUCUCAGAUCGCCUGUGGCAGGCACCACACGCUGGCGUUCGUGCCUUCCUCUGGCAUGGUGUACGCGUUUGGCUGCAACAGCCACGGCCAGCUGGGCACAGGAAUGCUGGGAGACGCCAGAAGCCCGUGUCCUGUCAAGGCCAGUCUUCUCUCUGGGAAUUUCCAUACAAGGGAAUCAAAGCUAUGUACAGUGACCAGAGUCAUCUGUGGAGGAGAUCAUAGCUUCUUACUCUUCUCAAAUGGUCAGAGUUCAGCCACUCCAGAAGACUUCAGAGUGACGAAUAUCAGUAAAACCCUCUCCCCGAUCAAUUAUGAAAGGCUAAAUUCAUGGAGGUUAAAGCUGAUGUGCACCACAGACUCCGCUGUCACCAAUGACAUUAUAAUUCAGCUCUCCUCUGCGGCUUGUUGGAACGCUAGCUUCUUGGACCAAAGUGAUGAUAUCCACUUCAAAACCAACCCAAAGAUCCCAGGCAUUGAUCUGAACUCUGUCAGAGUGCUGUUUGAGACUCUCAGUAAACCGGCCUUCUCUGGACUCCUGGAGCAGGCAAGCAAGAGCUUUGAGAGUCUGCUGAUCCCUCAGCUGCCGCGCUCCCCCCCCGACGUCGAGGCCAUGAGGAUCUACCUCAUCCUGUCCGAGUACCCGGCCCUGCAGGACUCCAAGAACUACAUCCGCCUCACGAUCCCCCUGGCCAUGGCCAUUCUCCGGCUCGAUGCAAACCCCAGCAAAGUACUGGAUAACUGGUGGUGUAUCGUGGACGGCAGCGUGUUCACCCGAAUGGUCGACAUGUACAAGAGCAUCGUCGUGUUCAUGCUGACCGGCGGGAAGACGCUGCUCGUGCCUGUGUUCUACGAGAACUACUUUCUUGCCACGUUGAGGCUGCUGGAGAAACUCCACAAGGUGAACCUGAAGGCUCAGCAUGUGGAGUACAACCACUUUUAUAUCCCCGACAUCACCAGCCUCGUGGACAUCCAGGAAGACUACCUCAAAUGGUUUUUGCGUAAAGCCGAUAUAAAAACGGGAUCGUCGUCCCCCUCACAGAGUGACUUUCUCACAGUGAACCUAUGUGCCUAUCCGUUCAUCCUGAACGCCCAAGCCAAGACAACCAUGCUGCAAACAGACGCUGAACUGCAGAUGCAGGUGGCAGUAAGCGGUGCAAACCUACACAAUGUCUUCAUGCUGCUCACGCUGGAACCCCAACUCGCUAGGAACCCUUAUCUGGUGCUCCACGUCCGUAGGAGCCAUUUAGUGAGUGACACUCUGCGGGAGCUCACAAUGUACUCGGAUGUGGACCUCAAGAAGCCGCUCAAGGUGAUCUUCGAUGGAGAGGAGGCCGUGGACGCAGGCGGCGUGACCAAGGAGUUCUUCCUGCUGCUCUUAAAGGAGCUGAUGGAUCCGGUUUAUGGGAUGUUCACUCAUUACAAAGAGUCCAACCUGCUGUGGUUCUCAGACAAAUGUUUUGUCGAGGACAACUGGUUCCACCUGAUCGGGAUCAUCUGCGGCCUGGCCAUCUAUAACUCCACGGUGGUGGACCUCCACUUCCCCCUGGCGCUCUACAAGAAGCUGCUGGACGUGGCGACCACGCUGGAGGACUUCAGAGAGCUGUCGCCCACCGAGGCCAGGAGUCUCCAGCAGCUUCUGGACUAUGAUGGGAAUGAUGUGGAGGAGAUGUUUCUUCUCAACUUCACUAUCACCCGGGAGAACUACGGCAUGACAGAAGUCAAGGAGCUGAUCCCUGGAGGAGAGGACAUCGCUGUGGACAAAAACAACAGGAAGGAGUUUGUGGACGCCUACCUGCGCUACGUGUUCACGGACUCGGUGGAGCAGCAGUACGCCGCCUUCUCCGGCGGCUUCCUGAAGGUGUGCGGAGGAGAGAUCCUGUCGCUGUUCCAGCCCUCCGAGCUGAUGGCCAUGGUGGUCGGCAACAACAACUACAACUGGGAGGAGAUGGAGAAGAACGCCGUUUACAAAGGCGAGUACACGGCCACUCAUCCAACAGUCCGAUUGUUCUGGGAGGUUUUCCACGAGUUCCCCCUGGAAAAGAAGAAGCAGUUCUUGCUGUUCCUGACCGGCAGCGACCGCAUCCCCAUCCACGGCAUGGAGAGCCUGCGCAUCGUCAUCCAGUCCACCACGGCGGAGGAGGACUACCUGCCCGUGGCGCACACCUGCUACAACCUGCUGGACAUGCCCCGCUACCAGACCAAAGAGAUCCUGCGGCGCCGCCUGACCCAGGCCGUGGAGCAGUACGAGGGCUUCAGCCUGGUCUGAGCACUUCCACAGCAAUACGCCGUCCUCUCUCCGUACGCCAUUCCAGGAGUUUUUUUUUUUUUUUUUUCUUUUUUUUAAAGCGUCGUAACCCUGGAAGGUCCGUUUUCAACCUUUCCGGACCGAGUUGAGCUUCGAAUGGCUGUAAUGUAUCUUAACGGUGAAAUAAUCCGAGAGCUGAGCUUUGCAUGAAGACCUGGGAUUAUAAAAACCAUCAAGACGGAAAAAGGUUGUGAAACUCUGGCUUUUUGGGUGUUUUAUGUGUUUUUGUUGUUUUGUUUUUUUCUUCAUUCAUUUGUUCUUUUUUCCUUUGUCUUUUUGCAAAGCUGUGUAUUUUAUAAUCAAACUCAUUAAAUUCUAUUUUUCUCCUUCAAAGAUUUAUGUUCCUUCAGACAGUAUAUUGCUUUUUGUUACUUUUAAUUUAUUAAAUAGAGUGGUUAUUUUUGACAAAAUAAUUCUGUACACACAAAUAUAUAUAGAUAUAUGAGUAUGUAUAUAGCACUUUGAAUAUAAUCUUUACCAGAGGUGUUGGGAUCCUUUUUAAAUGCGGACGGGGGCGUGUCUGAUGGGCACGAUGGUGAAACAUGGUCGUCAUUGAUGUUAUUUGGGACUGAGUCUGGAAGCAAGGCCUCUUCUAGAGGAGUCCGUGCCUGGAGGGUAAGGACCCUUUAAUAUUUCUAGUGUUUGUUUCCUUUUUAUUAUUAUACCGCAGCGUAAAUUAACUCAAAUUUGACCCCUAAACAUCAUGACUGGUGAGAAAUGUAAUAAAAUGUAAACAUUAACCCCCCGGAGUGCCAAAAUGUGCUCUCUAGCGCCUCCUAGUAACACAAAACUGAAACCAAAACUCGUUUGUUCAUCUGAUCAGCUUCUGAAAAUGACACAUUGACCUAAAUCCAACAGGAAGUCAGCAGUUUUGCCUUUCGAAAUCAGAUUUCUGCCCCAAUUUUGGCCUCCAGCAAGUGCUGACUCCUCCAAGGGCUUCAGAUGUUAUUACACAAGAGACCCUGCUGAUAGCUUUGUAAGAACUCAAAGGUUUUUUCCAAUCACCUGAAUGAAUGGAGGAGAGAUUCUCAGAGGCACAGAAAACGCCUCAAUCGAAAAGUCAUGUUUAUUAAGAAAAAAAAAAAAGACAGCUAAAACCUUCAAAAUGACUAAUGUAUUAUUCAAAUGGGCCAGAGGUCCUGGUUGGGCUUAACCCAAA